UCUGCUUCACUCUCUCUCGGCGUUUCAAUUUCUCUCAGGUGAUCUUAUCGGCCACCGGAGGCUUCAAUAUUCGGAUCAAUUUUACAUUCGGAUGUCAAUUUCAGAUUUGGUUCGGGUUCAGGCUUUUUGUUUUUGAUACUCUCUUUUUUUUUCCGGCGAGAUUAGGGUUUUCAAAAGAGGGGGGUUUUUCGAUUUUGUGGCGAUGGAGGAGCAGUUCGUACUGAGAGUCCCGCCGUCGGUUGCAGAGCGACUAGAUCGUCUUCUGAGCGAGAAUGCUUCUUCAGACGACAAGUCGUUGGACUUGUCUUUCGAAGAGGAUGGCCGGAGUGGAACUUUUGUCAUUGGCAAUGACCGUUUCCCCGCAUCGCUCUUGGACCUUCCCACCGUUGUGGAGUCCUACAAAACUUAUGACGAUAGCGUGUUGAUUAAGACUGCAGAUAUUGGUCAGAUGAUUAUGGUUAGGGAUCCGAAUGAUCCAGGUCCAGAUACUGUCGAGUACAGGCAUGGUCUCACCCCUCCUAUGAGGGAUGCUCGGAAGCGAAGAUUCCGCAGGGAGCCUGAUCUAAAUCCUGAGCUCGUCCAGCGUGUUGAGCAAGAUUUACUGAACAUUAGUGCUGGUGGCCCAACUGACAAUAUGAAUAUUGAAGUAGCUGGGCAACAGAAAAAUGCAGAUGGCAAUGCUGGUAAUACAAGUAAAAACCCUGCGCCAGCACCUGAAUUAAAAACUGAUAUCCCUGAGGCUGCUACAAAUGCUGGGGAGCCUGAUAGAAGUGACUCUGAUGAAUCUGAUGAUUCAAUUUGAAAAGACUCUUCUGCUGAAUUUCCUCGUCAGACUUCUCUAUGAAGUUGAAAACUUUGAAAUUUGCAUUACUGGGAUGAAAGAUGUAACGCGAAGAACAGGGAGUGUAAGUCUGCGUUCUGAAUGAUAGCCUUAAAUUCAUGUUGUGUUGUGUUGAUAACAAGUAUACAUUGCAGUUGAGCUCCUCCUAGUAGGUUCACCAAUUCUAAAAAUGUCCUCAUGAGUCUCUAAAAACUACAAUAGGAGACUUUUAGUAUGUAGAGAAAAGAUGUAGGGUUUGUAAUUUUGCAAAGCUAUGACACUUUUUCUUUGUUCCA